CUCAUACUGUCGCUUCUCAUUGUUGCGCGUCAGAGCGGAUGAAUGGAGCUGAGUGAAGCAACAGCCGCGGUGGCUGCAGCAGCACUGAGAUCCCUAUUAGCGCUGACUGGUGUCUAAUUGCAGCUGAAGUUCCACUUGGAGACGCAGAUGGAGACGAAAGACGCAUUCUAGGUGCAAGCGUUUUUUUGUUUUUAAAAAAAAAAAUUUUAUCAUCUUGCUUUGAUUCGGGAAACCUUUUGUUCAUUAUGAUCCAUCAGCUGACGGAUCCAGCGGUGAACGACAGCUGUCAGCAGGAACUCAUCUUAGUGUGCAACAAAAGCGCAGAUGGAGACGCGCUCCAACUGCCCACUUUCUCCACCGCGGCCAAAGUGCGAGUGAUCAUCACCUUCACCCUGUGCGCGGUGUCGGCUGUGUGCAACCUGGUCGUGCUGUGGGCUGCGUGCAACGGCGGCAAGCGCAAGUCUCACGUCCGGAUCCUCAUCAUGAACCUGACGGUGGCGGACCUGCUGGUGACUUUCAUCGUGAUGCCCGUGGACGCGGUGUGGAACAUCACGGUGCAGUGGCAGGCCGGGGACGUCGCCUGCAGGCUGCUCAUGUUCAUGAAGCUGGUGGCCAUGUACUCCUGCGCCUUUGUCACCGUGGUCAUCAGCCUGGACAGACAGUCCGCCAUCCUCAACCCUCUCGGCAUCAGCGAGGCCAAAAGGAAAAGCAAAAUCAUGUUGACUGUGGCCUGGACCAUGAGUGUGAUCCUCUCGCUCCCACAGAUGUUCAUAUUCCACAAUGUGACCAUCACAGUCCCAGAGACCUUCACCCAGUGUACCACUCACGGCAGCUUUGUCCAGCGUUGGCAGGAGACUCUGUACAACAUGUUCACCUUUGUGUGCCUCUUCCUCCUGCCUUUGGCCAUCAUGAUCUUCUGCUACACACGAAUCCUCAUUGAGAUUUCCAGCCGCAUGGCUCGGAGUAACCAGUUUUCCAGAGAUGUUCAUCUCCGGCGCUCCCACAACAAUAUCCCCAAAGCUCGGAUGAGAACUCUUAAGAUGAGCAUUGUCAUCGUGACUUCCUUCAUCAUCUGCUGGACGCCGUAUUACCUGCUGGGCCUGUGGUAUUGGUUGUUUCCGGAAAAAAUGGAGGAGACGGUCUCUCAUUCACUGACUCACAUGCUGUUUAUCUUUGGCCUCUUCAAUGCAUGCUUGGACCCCAUCACCUAUGGCCUGUUCACAAUCCACCUCCACCAGGGUCUGAAGAGAUGCCGUCAAACGUCAAACACUCGAACUGAAGUAGAAAACAACACUUGCCUUCUACUAAUGGCGUCACACAGGCAGAUUGCCUCCGGUGGCCACAAUACACACACCAAGGGGUUAAAUGACAACGACACAAAGAAUUGCUCACAUCCAGUCGUAACAGUAAGCAGGAUAUAAGUCCGACUCCCUUCUUUAGAGAUUGAUGACUUGUUCAUUGAUUUCGCCUUAAAAUUCUUCCCCAAGUUCUUCUUUUGUGAGAUGAAUCUGUUCAUUUCUGCUCAGCUGAUGUAUUGCAGCUAAACCUUGGUGUAUUCCUCCUGUGGUAUCGCACACAUAAUAUGUUGGCUGCCUCUGAUCAGAUUUUGAAAGGACACAACAGAGUUGAGCUGGGUGUGAUGCAGUGCAACAAGGAAGUUUGAUGUAGUCAAGUUUUCUUUGUGUGAGUUAGCUUGGCAAAACUUAAAACCCCAAUCAGAGAUAAAUGGAACACAAUAGUGGUUAUCAAGUUUCUUUGUUAACCCGGGGUUCCUUCAUCCGAAUUCAUUCAUUCUCAAUCAUUUCUGUCAUCAGGAACACACUGUUGUAAUGGAAAGCUAUAGAGAUGGUAAAAAAUUACCAGGGAAAAAAAUGUAGUUACUGCAAGAGGGGAGAGCUGGUAGAAAAAUACAGCCCCUUAUUACUAACAUAACAGUUGCACAUUACAGCUCACAUUUAAAACAUGAAACUCAACAAGUGCAUUUAGGUCUGACACUAUUCCUCAAUGAAAGAUAAGAGAAAAUCACUUCAGUUUUUGGCCAAAUCAUUUUGAAAUCAGUGAUUGAAUGUUCUCAACAAAUACAGUUUGUCUGCUGUAAUCGCACAGCUUUGUUCAGCAGGAAUAAUAAGGUACAGCUCAACAGGUUUCCAGAUACAAUGUAUGCCUUCAGCCGACAGUCUGUGUCACUCAGAGAACAUUGUCAGAAAAAAAAAAAAAGAAAAGGUGCAGAUGCAGUGGAGCCUUGUACAGCACAUUUAAAUCUAAAACUCUGAAUAUACCCUCCUCCACUCCAGGCUAGCAAGUUACUAUGGUGACCUAAAAACAUGACCACUUCCCUGACACCGAGAACUCUGACUUUUGAGUCAACCCACCCAUUAAACUCACUUUGUAGUCACUCCUCUGAUGUGCUGAACACAGCUCUCAGGUUGACCUGAUGAUAAAUAAGCCGAAAACUGCUAUAACUCACCGACACUGUCUUGCAGCUGUUUGUUCCAACGUCUGUCUUGGCAACGGCAGGUUUAAAAAAGAACUUUGAUUGACAGUCUGUCACACAGACACACAUCACUCAGCUUCUGGGUUUUAGUUUGCAAAUCUUAUAAUUUAUUGUAUAAUUUUCUGUAAAACAAAUUAUGUGUGUUUGUGAUUAAAAAUGAAUGAUUCAACUUAAAUUGUCUGUGAUUAAAAACAAGUGCCACACUGAUAAAAUGGAGGUUGUGUGGGGGUGAUUUUGUUGUUGUUGUUGUUUACUUGCGGUUUUACUGUAUUUGAUCUGUUCGUUUUGGAACAAGUUCCUCUGCCAGUCAUCAUAGUGACUGAAAACUGCUCUCUGCUUCUGUCAUUCAUGGUGUUAUGUGUGCAAUAUGAAAUAUGUGAUUUAGUUUCAUCACUUCAGUGGAUGUUAGAUUAUGUUCAUUACUGACCAUGACAGCCUUUUAAAUAUGUAUUGAAUGUACCUGUGCAACUUGUUCAUGUUUUAUUGACUAUUCAGCUUUGUGUUUCCUGUGUUACACUCCAAUCACAGUGGAGGCAAGGCUCUGUAAAAUAUCUGUAAUUCAGCAUGCCAUCUGGAUAUUAGUAUUAGUGGUAUUAGCUAAUUUUGUUGUGAAUUGUGGUUCUUUCUGUGACCAAAAAAAGGAUAACAGCACUUAAUUAAAAACACUGAAACUUCAAAACUGUAUUGGAAAGCUGUCGAAAAAUCAGCAGAGAUAUCAGAUUAAUUGCAUAUUUUCUGUAAAUUAUGCAAUAUGUUGUAAUGUAUACUUACAAUGUGUUUAUUUGUGGAAUAAAAAUUCUGCCUUA